CUUAUCCACUUCUCCGUCCAACUUGCUUCGUUUUCAGACAGACUCCGACGAUGGAAGUGAUUUCUCAGAGAUCCUCGGCGUUGAAUCCCAACGCUCCGAUAUUCGUGCCUUUGGCGUAUCGCACGGUGGAGGAUUUCUCGGAGCAAUGGUGGGCCCUGGUACACUCCUCCCCCUGUUUCCGCGACUACUGGCUCCGAGAAUGCUUCUCCGAUCCUGUUGACGUCGACUACGACGACCACGUCCUCCUCGACGACCUGGACGGGGACGACUUCUUUGUCGGACUCGAAGAAGAAGAAAAAGAGACUGAUUUUAACAAGGAAUUGGUACCCAUCGGUGCGAUGAAGUGUAGUAGGGGUCGAUCCAAGGUGGGAUCGCCGAGGUAUGCAGAGAAAGCGCCGAAGAUUGUGAAUGUCAAACUGAGUCCAAGGACGAUUCACCAGCCCAGGUAGACUCAGACUCUGUGACGCCAAAUCCGAGUCCUUGACUCAUUUGCUGUUAAUUUAAGUUUCAUCUUUUUCUUGUAGUGGCAAUCUUUACUUUUCUGUAUAGAGGUUGAAUAAGAGAGCAGAAGUGUUGUAAUUUUAUUCCUGAUAAAUUAACAAAUUAAAA